CCGCCGCAAACAUUUGAUUUCAAUUACACGGAGGUAUCAAAAGGCGACAGAGAGCUGGAGUGUCACGCGAAAGGUGUAUAUCCCCGACCAGUACUCACACUAUCAGAGCAAACCGCCAGCAGCUCUAACUUUCAUGUGAUUCCCAAAGUGAAUGUCACAACUCAUCAAAACAGCGAGACACAGUAUUUUGAGGCCACACUCCGGCAUACGCCGCACCAGUCCUCACAUGCGGGCACUAUAUUUGAAUGCAAACUAGAGAUCCCGCAAACAAAUUACAUCAGAAGGAAGAGAAUCAAAAUCUUCUUCCCUUCGAAAGUCCAAAACGAG